AUGACCGUAGGUAAGAGAGCACGAGCUGGAAUUUACCACGAAACGCAGACCGGAAAUCUAUGUGCCCUUCACGCCAUCAAUAAUCUUUUGCAAGAUGCUGUUUUCACAGCGAACGAUUUGAUCCACAUAGGGCAGGAACUGGAUAAGAACGAGAGAGCUCUAAUCCAAUCAUCCUCAGGUGACGUUGAUGAUAGUUUGGAACUUCCUCAGAAUCUUGAUCUCAGCGGUAACUUUUCUAUACAGGUGAUCAUCGUCGCAUUGGCUUUCUGUGGAUUAGAACUGGUAUCACUGAACAGCUCAGAUCCACGAGCUAUUUUAGCAGACCAAAACACAUACAGCCAACAAGCGUUCCUCUGUCAUAAAAAUGACCACUGGUUUACAAUACGUAAGUUUGGAUCAAAAUGGUUCAACCUCAAUUCGCUACUUCCACGUCCCAAAAAAGUGUCUCACAACGGGAGUCAUCUUUCUCUUUUCGCUACCAAGGAGCUCAGAGACCGUUACACCGGAAUAUUUGUUGUGUUUGGAAAUUUACCCAAUGCCGAAACAAAGGAAUCGGAUGAAAGUGGUGAUUCUGGUCGUAGUCCUGAGGACCCUAUUGGAAUUUCGCCCAUUUCACUUAAUCAAGAGCCACAACAGUGCAUCCUCCGUGAUGACAAAGGUCCUUCUACAGAUCGUUAUCCGAUAAACCAAGAACGUAAAUGGAGGCAAACGAUUGCAAAUUUACUGAAGCUGUUGCAUGGAGAAUGGAAAAGUUAA